AUGCUCAGCAACAGCAAAGGAUAUCAGCGCUUCUCCCGCACUCUCGGGUUCCACAGCGAUGACCUUUCGAAGCUCGGUAAGAUCUGUCACCGCUGGCGCGAGACAGGCAAGUGCAAGGCGUACAACCGGGAGCAGGAAGUGCGUCGCGAGAUCGGUGCAGCCAAAGAAGCAGAGCUGCUGAAGAAGGCGACCGCCCUCUACACCAUGCAGAAGGAGCUCAUGGCAGACAUGGCUGGUGCCAAAGAGGACGACGCGGAGUCUCUGGAGCUGGUGCAGACCGCCAUGACACGCGGUAGCUUCUCUGCGGACCCCACCAAGCGGCAAGAGGUCAUAGGCAGACUUGUCGAGGAGCUGAAGCGGGAGCCGGCCUACCUCAACUGGAGCCUCGAUGCCGCAGUAGCGGAGCGACUCGUUGAGCUCAAGGUGAAGCCGUGCCCGUACACUCACCGCGGGGAUCUGAAUGUAGCGCUGAAGCGCAGCCGCAGUGGAGAGGACAAGGAGGAGACGCACCUCCAGCAGCAGCGGAGAACAGAAGUGGUGCGGAGAGAGUCGUCCACCAACGGCACCGCGGCGGUGUCACCAGCAUUAACGGUAGCCACCACAAAGACCGCAGAGCCUAGGAAGGACGCUGACGACGAGAGCGACGGUGGCUGGACUGCAGAGAGGCAUCGCAUCUUCAAAACACUCACGCCGCUUCAGCGCUGCGUCGUGUGUCUGCUGUGGCAGCGCACCUUCCAAGUGGCGCAAGGAUUAGUGAUGGACGUGCGGCUGGCCUUGGAGAAGUGGGUAAUUGCGCAGCACGAGGCUACCGGCAGGGUGGUACCGCCUUCAAUUUCGGACGAGGGCGUAGUGGCACAGUCGUCGCCCCUUCACCAACACAACAGCAGCACACACGAGGUGAAGAACGAGGACGACAAGGACGCGUUGGAGGCGUACCUCAGCUCCUCGGCCUUCGAGGAACUGGUGGAGCAGGAGUCAAAACGUGUGGUCCCGCGCGUGGUCUUUCGGCCUGAGUUUGGACUCGUUGAUCUGAGUGCUCUGCCACAGCUCGUAACGCACCUUAGCACCCACCCGACAUGCGGCAUCUUGCUGGCGCGCACGCUGACGUAUUUUACUGGCAAGGCGCCGAGGCGCGCUAGUUCAUUGUUGUCCGCAUCACCAGCAUCAACCUCGAGGCUCUCCAAGCACAAGCGUGAUGACGCGCCGGCCCCCGCGAGCUUCCACCACCUUCUCUUUCCGAGCCGCACCCCCAUUACGGAAAAGGAGGUGGACCUUAGCGCCAGCGCCUGCGCUGAUGAAGUGAUUGAAGCGAUCGAGUGGGCGCUGCAGGUGUACCACCGCGAUGCACAACUGCACGCCGAAGCGGAGAAAGCGGAAGGGAAGAGCGAGGGGGAGAUAAAGGGUGACGAGGGCCGAUCGAGCAAGACAAGCGACACUGCGUCACCUCACGUCGCGGCGCUGUUCCAAAAUGAGCGCAUCUACCUGUGCGGACUCACGCUGACACAGUGCCAGAUUACCUCGGCAGACGGCAUCGUGGGGUCGCUGCACAAGCGUCACAUGGAGCAGCACCUGUACGCACUCGAUCUCUCAGGGAACCGGCUGUGGUCGCUGCGCUUCCUCCUGGUGCUCCGGGCCUACUACGCUCGCCGUCUACUGCGUCUGUCUCUCCGUAGCAACCCCAUCACACGAAAGCCCGAGUAUCAAGAACAGGUGCGCACCUCACUGCCGUAUCUAACCUCCCUCGACGGUAAGCCGAUCCGCCGACCUCCACUGCGGCUUCCAAAGCCGUGGCCGACCUCAUGCUCGCGCUGGAGCGCCGACGAGGGGUCGCCGGAGCAUCAAGAGCAGGAAGCGGUGCUUGACUGCGUGGCGCGCCUCCUGUACAUCUGGGAGACGCGCCGCAUCCCUCACACCGCAAGGGAGCUCGCCACCUUCCGCGACGCAGGCCGUCCAGUCCCAGAGGAGGAGGAACUCAAUGAGGACAACUUUCCACAUCGCUACCUCCACCCGGCCGCUGCUUUCAGCGUGACCAUGUCGCCGAGCCUCAGCCUCUACGACUCAGCCACGAUGCGAGAAGCGCGCAGUGUGGAGCUUGACAAAGCCUACACUGGCAUGCGGCUGAGCGCCGUAGACGUGCGUGACGCGCGUGUGCUCAGCGUCGCGCUGAAGAACGGCUCACGCAACUUGCUAGCUGGCCGGCAGGCGCUGCAGCGCUUCGGUCGCGGUGCGGAAAACUGCUACAUGGCCUACCAAUUCACCCUGUACCCGGAGAGGAUGGACGUGUCACACCACCUGACGGACGCCGUCGUGUCGGUGGUGCGGGUGCCAGAUGUCGUUAGCGCCGCGGUGUCUGGUGGCAGGGGCAAGACCAGUGACAGUAAAGCAGCAGCCUCAGUAGCGGCAACUACGGCAACGACUGGGAAGCGCAAGAAGAGUGCCGCCGCUCGAAGCGUCGCCAGUGAUGCGGGUACCGACAAGACUUCAAGCAACGGCAGCCCCACUAGUCCACGCUUCGGCACCCUUGCCCACCGCCACCCUCCAUCGCAGCAGCACUUGGUGACGCUUCAUGGCAUCAUGACGUGGCGGCUGCCCAGUAUGAAGCGCCAGGAAUGCCUGCAAGCCUUCUACACUCGGGUGUUGGUCUUCACCAAGAAGACGCUGCCCGUCCAGAACCGCGAGUGGGAAGAACUGCGCAGUCCUCCGUAUGUCCUGAUGAACGACCAGGUGUUUCUGUAUCCAGCGCCGACGGCUGGGGUGGCGGUGGCAGGCACGGCACUUCAGCCGUCGGUGUUCGCGGCGAACACCGCAACGCGUCUGUCACGACUUGUCGUGGAGUUUGGGCUAGAGGGGUGCCGUGAUGGCGUGGCACUCGUGCGAGACGUCAUGGAGCGCUGCACGAGCCCCGCCUCCGAGUACGCUGCGCUGCAGGCGCUGGUGCUCGGAGUGCUAGGUCCUGAGAAGGAUAUUGACAACGCCGAGGCAGCAGCACAGCUGGAAUGCGCUCAGGCAGCCGAGGCACAGCUGACACACCUCUUCGCCGACUACCUUCGCUGUGCACCACCACCUGCGACAUCUCAAUCUCGCGAGUACAUCGUCCUCUCCGUGCUGGAUGGCUCAGCACACGCAACGGGGCCGACGCAGCAUCAAAGCAGCGUGACACCAGUCGUGAAGAAAUCGAAAGCAUCUGCCUCUACUGCCGCCCCUUCUACACAGUGCGAGGCGGCAGAUGCGCAGAAGUGGGCCUCUGCCCUGCACGUCGUCUCGUUGCCACUCCUGCACCAGGUGACGGCCAUCACCAACGCAUGCUACACAUUGUCUUUCCACUGA